AGUUGCAUCAAUGAAAGCACAUGAAAGCGCAUAAAUCUGAUAAACCUUUUUGUUUGGUUUUAUUCCUAAUGAAGAACUACUUUCUUUAAUAAUAAGUAGAGGUUUCUCGGAAAUCGACAUAAUCGUUCCUCAAGCUGGAAAAAUGAGUAAACGUAAAGACGACCUGGAUGGCAACUUUUUCACAAAAAUAAAAAAUACCAGGCUCACCUACCACUGGAAUAUCGGCGACUUUGAUCAAAUGAUGGCAACUAAAUCAGUGAUAAAGUCUGAAAGCUUUCUUAUUAAAAACAUUCCAGAUCUUAGAUGGUACUUUUCACUGACACAGUUUACUGACGAUAAAGUGGGAACUUCACUAGCUGGUGCAAAAAGGUACAUAUCUGUUUAUUUGAAUUGCGUUGGUUCCAAUGAGGCUUUAAUCAAGCUGAUUUUAAAGUUUACUAUGAUCAAUGCCGACAACUCGCAUGGUUACAAUUCGAGUUUGAUCGACAACUCACCAACAGAAUCUCAAUCUUACGGUUUCGAGAAGUAUAUUUCACACGACAGUCUAAUGAAUAUAAGAAACUUGUAUAAAUCCAGUAAUGACAUUGAUUUUUCUGUAGAAAUUGAUGUGAGCACUUAUGUGAAUAGCUUAAAAAAACCCGUAUAUUCUUGCCAAAGUGGGGAUCAAUGUUUAGAUUGUGGUCCGAUUAUCGAAACUUUAAAUUUUGACAUCUUAUUUGAAAACUCAGACUUCAGCGAUUUGACAUUGAUCUGCCAGGACGAAAGAAUCCCGGUACACAGAGCAGUUUUAGCGGCAAGAAGCAAAUCGUUUUAUGACAAAUUCAAAUCCUUACAGAGCAAUGAGUUGCAAAUACAAAUUGAUCUUCCCAUUUUACGUGAAUUGCUCUCUUUCAUGUACACAGGAAAUUGCCCCAAUCUGCAAAACUAUGUUGAAGAAUUAUUGGAAGCGGCUACAUACUGCAAAAUGCCUGAUUUACGAUGUUUUAUCGAACAAACUUUAAUCGGUUCGAUCAAUUUAGAAAAUGCCGCGGAUCGUCUAGUCCGGGCGGAAGAUCACGACUUGAAAAAUUUAAAACACUGCGCAAUGGUCUUUAUUAAACUGAAUGUCCAGGAGAUUAUCAAAACUGAUGGAUUUCAAUCAAUCAUAGAUCUUCAUCCGAAGCUUGUGAAAGAAUUAUUUUGCAGCGUUGUAGAACAUUUUCAUACAAUUAAAGUAGAUACGAGGCAAGAGAGAUAAGAUUUUACAAAAAUACUCCCUUAUGAUUUUUGAUUCUUUAAUAUGAUCGUGGCUUUUCAAAUACGAAUUAUGUCUUAGAAAGUAUGUAUAUAUAUAUAAAUAUAUAUAUAUAUAAGUAUAUAUUUGUGUACUCCCUGCGCAAAGAUGUACUGUGUCGAUUUACAAGUUAAUGCUCUUCUGUUAUAAGUAUUCAAUGUGAACAAACUGUAUUUAAGUUAGUUUAAAAUAUAUUUUUUGAUUUUACU